AUGGGUGAACCGCAAUCCAGCCUACUCUUAAGGAAGCAGCUAAAUGACUUGAAGAAACACCCAGUUGAAGGCUUUUCCGCUGGUCUCUGUGAUGAUAGUGAUAUUUACUCCUGGGAGGUACUCAUCAUUGGUCCGCCUGAUACUUUAUACGAGGGAGGUUUCUUCAAAGCCAGGCUGAUAUUUCCCAAGGAGUACCCAUUAAAGCCGCCAAAGAUGACCUUCCUCACCGAGAUCUGGCAUCCAAAUAUCGACAAGAACGGUAGCGUCUGCAUUUCCAUUCUCCACGACCCGGGCGAUGACCGCUACGGCUACGAGAAGGCCUCCGAACGCUGGUUACCGGUGCACACCGUCGAGACGAUACUCAUCUCCGUCAUCUCCAUGCUCGCCGAUCCCAACGAUGAGUCGCCGGCAAAUGUUGAUGCUGCGAAAGAGCUGCGUCAGAACUAUCCCAGCUUCAAGCGAAGAGUCGCCCAGUGCGUGCGGAAAAGUCAAGAGAUGGACUGA